AUGGCAGAAGCCAGUUUUUCUCAGGACCAGUUCAGCUGCUCAGUGUGUCUGGAUCUCUUGAAGGAUCCAGUGACUAUUCCCUGUGGACACAGUUACUGUAUGAGCUGUAUUACAGACUGCUGGAAACAGAAGAGAGUCUACAGAUGCCCUCAGUGCAGACACACCUUCACUUCAAGACCUGCUUUAUGUAAGAAUGUCAUAAUUGCUGAAAUGGUGGAGAAACUGAAGACGACAGACUUACAAACAGCUGAACCUGGAGAUGUGGAGUGUGAUGUCUGUACUGGGAAGAAAUACAAAGCGGUCAAGUCCUGUGUGGAGUGUCUGAACUCUUACUGUCAAAGUCAUUUUGAACAACAUGAGAAUCUCUUUAAAGACAGGAGACACAAUCUGAUGGAUCCCAUUAGACGACUCCAUGAGAUGAUCUGCCCAAAACACAACAAACAACUGGAAAUCUACUGUCGUACUGACCAGCAGUUCAUUUGUUUUCCGUGUUUGAUUGACGAACAUAAAAACCAUGACACUGUAACAGCUGAAGCAGAAAGGACAGAGAAACAGAGGCUUUUGGGAGAAACACAAAGAAAAUUCCAGCAGGGAAUUCAGGAGAGACAGAAUCAGCUCCAGGAGCUGAGAGACGCUGUGAAGUCUCAUAAGCGCUCUGCACAAGCAGCAGUGGACGACACUGAGAGGAUCUUUACUCAGCUCACCCGCUCCAUUGAGAGAAGCCGCUCUCAGGUGAUACAGUUGAUCAGAGCUCAGGAAGAGGCUGCAGUGAGUCGAGCUGAAGGACUCUUACUGCAAUUAGAGAAGGAGAUUGAUGAUCUGAUGAGUAGAAAUGCUGAACUGGAGCAGCUUUUACACACAGAUGAUCACGUCCAUUUCCUGCAGAUGUUCCAGUACAUCGCCGCUCCUCCUGAAUCUACAGACUUAUGCAGCAUCACUGUCAGUUCUUUCAUCUCUUUUCAUGAUGUGGCAAAUUUAGUCUCUCAACUGAAGGAAAAACUAGAGGGUUUCUGUAAAGAAGAGGUAGAAAAGAUCUUUGAUAGUGUAACAUGCAUUGAUAUGACUACCAAUAAACCAAUGAGGACCAGGGAACAGUUCCUUCAGUAUUCCUGCCAGCUCACUCUGGAUUCAAACACAAUGAAUCGAUUCCUUCGCCUGUCUGAAGAGAACAGUGUGGCUACUUGCACCGACACACCCCAGCAUUACCCUGCUCACCCAGACAGAUUUGAUGGCUGUGUGCAGGUGUUUUGUAAAGAGAGUGUGUGUGGACGCUAUUAUUGGGAGGUUGAGUGGAGUGGGAGAAAAAGUGUGUGUAUAUCAGUGUCAUACAAGAGCAUCAGCAGGAAGCAAUUUUUUGGAUUUAAUAAUCAGUGUUGGAGUUUGUUCUGCUCUUCCUCCAGUUACAUAUUCAGGCACAAUAACAUAAAGACUGAGCUCCCUGUAUCCUCUAGAAUAGGAGUGUAUGUGGAUCACAGUGUGGGAAUUCUGUCCUUCUAUAGCGUCUCUGACACAAUGAGCCUCAUCCACAGAAUCCAGACCACAUUCACUGAGCCUCUCUAUCCUGGGUUUGGGUUUGAUGUUGAUUCAUCAGUGAAACUGUGUCAUCUAAUAAUGUAG